CGUAUUCGAAAUCUUAAUAUGUACAAUGCUACAUUAUCUGCCUCUAGUUUGGAUGUCAAGAUUAUUGUAGCGUGAUUCUUGCAUUUUAAUAGUUUACAUUUUUUACCCUCUUUGAUGAAUGUAAGUUCAUUUUGUGUUGUUAGUUGACUUUUUCAACAUUCGUCACCUACGCUGUUCUGAAUGCCUCCCUAUUACGCGAAUUACCUUCUAGUUAGGUGCAAACUGCCACGAAUUGUUGUUGGUUGCUUUGAUUACUAAUCGUAAAUUCAUUUUCUGUGCUUACUGAGUUGUCGGCUCACUUUUUCUCUUGUCCUUUUCCAUCUGGGACUUUUCCACCUUUAUCCAAAACGUAGGUGAUAUGGCGUUGUGUCUCACAGUUAAAACCAUAUAUCUAACAAGAACUGUUAUAGUAAUAUGUAUUUGAAGAAAUCCUGAACUUUUCGUAUCAUCAUUCAGGAUGACUGAUAACGAAUGGGUUGAAUUAAAAGUCUAAACAAUGUCUCAUUUAAUAGAACUCAUUCUUCAGGGUGACGGUGAUAGAAUCCAGAAUUUUUUGAAAGAAUAUGAUAAAGAUCCAGAAGGUUAUCUACGAUCUAUGAAUGAAUAUGACGAAAUGCACAAUUCUGCUAUUGAAUUAUUUACAAUAUUAGAUUCCAGAAGUUUUAUUGAAAAGGCAAUAAGCAAUGGUUAUAACGAGCUAAAUAAAACCGGAAAAAAUGGAUGCAAUUUAGUACAUUAUGCUGCUAUGUGGAAUCAUGCUGAUUUAAUAAAAUAUUUAUAUUUUGCUGGUGUCGACGUCUAUAGAAAAAAUAUUCACGGCGAAACUGCGCAUAAACUAGCUGUUAAAUAUAAACAAGAAGAAGCAAUGUAUAUUUUAGAAUGGAUAGAAUGUCGUGAUGAAUUUAUUAUGCUGAUCCGAUUAGUAAGAGAAAUUUUGGCAAAUUCUGAUAAGAAUGACUAUACAAAAGAAGAAAGGAAAAUUGCAGAUUCUGCUUGUCUUGAUGGAGAAUCCUGGAUUAAUAAAAAUAAAGAAGCUACACUCAGCAUGCUUAAAACAAAAAAAGAACAAAUUGAAUUGAUUGUAGAACCAUUUUUACGGAAGAAAUCAUUAGUCAUGUAGUGUGAUGAAAUAAUAUCUUACCAUAUUGUAUGGCGAAAACCCAAAUUACAUUAUUUUGCAUUUACUAUUUCAAUACUGAUCUCACAAUUGACAAAUGAACACACAACUAAUAAUUAUAGUAAGAUUGUAAAUUGAAAUGAAGUCUUACAACUUACAAUUGAAUAUUCUUUUAAAUAAUCAAAAGAGAUCAACAUUUUGUCUAUCAGUCAUGAAAAUUGACCGAAAUGAUAUAAGAAGAAGUUGAUCAUUUGAAUCAUUGAAAAAAGAGACAUUUUAUCAUAUAACUAAAUUGAAAUGAAGAACAGUUUUAGAAAUGUUACACUUUACAUUGUUAUAAAAGUGGUAUGAAUAUUAAAUUUU